CUUCUCCCUCUAUGGAGUUGUGAGUGUGGUUGUUUUGUUUUUAGGUAUGAGAAAUUGUUCUUGUUGGUUGAAGUUCAAAACUCAACAUGAAGGUAUUGGAAUCUCGGAUGCGGUUAACAUGGCUCGAUCAAGAAGACUCUUCCCAAACUAUGUCAGAAUGAUAGACUUCCUCAUCAAUAGCUGUUUGAUUCAGCAAAUACAAGGGGCUGCGCUGUAUUGCUCGAUCUGGUUCAUUAUAGUUUCUUCGAAGACGAAUUUGAUUUAACCUUGUUUAAUUGUAUCUUGUUUUUCUUUAAUAUCUAUUGUAGAUGCCGUUUGGCCUUCAAUUAAUGAAAUUUCUCUUUCAAAAAAAAAAAAAAAAACACACACAUAAAAAUUAAAAUGAUAAAAAUGACUCGUACAUCCCAAUUGCCAAACACGGUAGAGAAUGUGUAAUGUGGCCUUACCUCUGGUUGAACAGCUGUGCAAAAGUAUGGACCUCUUCGACAGUUUGACGAGCCGACUUCAACAACCAUUCUCUUAAUUUGCACAUUUCACAAUUUUACUACUACUAUUCAAACCCAAACCCCAUUUUUCCAUUUGUCAAUUGUCAAAAUUAACAGUUACCACCUAUUUCCUCUAUAUAAACCCACUUCUCAAAUAUUCUUCUCAACCCAUUCUUAAAAACCCAUCUUCUCAAGAAAGAAGAAAAAAUUUACCCAUCUUUGAAUUUUUGCAAAACUUGAAAAACCCAGAAAUUUUACCCUUUUAAUUUACUAAAGUUAUUAACUUUAUAGCUUCAUUCUUUCAUUCAAAGCUAAUUUUCUCUUAAAAUUCAGAUUGUACACAAGAUGUUUGCUACAUUGCGUCAACCAACACAAUCUAACUCAUUAAUCACUCUAUCUCUUCAAAAACCAGCAUUUUGUAAUGCAGAACAACACUCUGUUUCUUCUUUUCCCUUAAAAACUGAAUUUUCCAACAUUUCUAUCACUAAACCUUUGCAUGUUUCUUCACUUUCAAAUUCUUUGUUGAAACAAAGGAAGAAUUUGGUUGAGUGCAAUGCAUAUGAGGCAAACCAUUCUCAACCAAUAGACAUUAACAUAGAGUUACCUAGUGUGCAAUCUGAGGCUGCUCAGAGGGUUAAAAUUGGAAUUUACUUUGCAACAUGGUGGGCUUUGAAUGUGGUUUUCAAUAUUUACAAUAAGAAAGUGUUGAAUGCUUUCCCUUACCCUUGGUUAACCUCAACACUUUCUCUUGCUGCUGGUUCACUUAUGAUGUUGAUUUCUUGGGCUACUCGUGUUGCUGACCCACCCAAGACUGACUUGGACUUUUGGAAAACAUUGCUCCCUGUAGCAGUGGCUCAUACAAUUGGACAUGUAGCAGCAACAAUUAGUAUGUCUAAAGUUGCGGUUUCAUUUACCCAUAUCAUUAAAAGUGGUGAACCAGCUUUUAGUGUAUUGGUUUCAAGGUUUUUGCUAGGUGAAGCUUUCCCUAUGCCUGUUUAUAUGUCACUUAUUCCAAUCAUUGGAGGUUGUGCACUUUCUGCUGUCACUGAGCUCAAUUUUAACAUGACUGGGUUUAUGGGAGCUAUGAUCUCAAAUUUGGCUUUCGUUUUCCGGAAUAUAUUUUCGAAAAAAGGGAUGAAAGGGAAGUCUGUUAGUGGGAUGAACUACUAUGCUUGCCUCUCAAUGUUGUCUCUUGUGCUCCUUACACCCUUUGCAAUUGCUGUUGAGGGACCGCAAGUAUGGGCUGCUGGUUGGCAAAAUGCAAUCUCUCAAAUUGGACCAAACUUCGUAUGGUGGGUAGCAGCUCAAAGCAUCUUCUACCAUUUAUACAAUCAAGUAUCAUACAUGUCUCUAGACCAAAUCUCUCCCCUGACUUUUAGUGUCGGAAACACGAUGAAGAGGAUAUCGGUUAUUAUUUCCUCUAUAAUCAUCUUCCACACUCCUGUUCAGCCCAUCAAUGCUCUUGGAGCUGCCAUUGCAAUUCUUGGAACUUUUCUUUAUUCACAGGCCAAACUGUAAGAGAGUAAGCAGGCAAAUAGUAAGGAAUGUAAAUUGGUGAAAGUUCGGUUGAGGUAGUGCAAUCGGUGAAGACUAUAAACAGAAGACUCGGAUGAUCGUCUCGUUAAGGUAUUAGUCGAUGCCUAAUAUGACUCGAUGGAAUCCAGAUUCUCGGUGGGUCGUUCGCUCUUGAAGUGAAAUCUUUUUUUGCACCUAUAGGCAUUUGUUGAAUGGUUCGUCUAUAUGAUCCUCCACAAGUUUCCUGCAAUGCUUUGUAUAUGAUCACCAUUAUGUAGUACUUGAAAGCUGAAGCUGAGCAUCUUUGUACUAAACUUGUGGAUCUGCAGAUUACUAAUACAGUGCUCUAAUUAAUUUAGUGAAAUUAUGAAAAGAAGCAGAAUUUAGUAAUAUUUUUUCCAUUUGCUUCAA